AAUGGCCGCCGUCGCAACCUUCUUGUGCCUUCUCAUACUAACGUUUGUUCCCCUGUUCUCGUCGGAGUACACCGUGGUCAUGCCGGACUCCUCCUCCGCUCUCGUCGAUGCCCCGCAAACUGGCUUCUCCGACCGCGCCCGGACCGACCCCGCCGAGCAGCGCGCGGUGUACGCCAUCAUGGAGGCCACCGGCAACGGGUGGGCCACGUCCAUCCCCGACGUGUGCCGCGGCCGCUGGCACGGCAUCGAGUGCAUGCCGGACACCGAGGAUGUCUACCACGUCGUCUCCCUCGCCUUCGGCUCCCUCUCCGCCGACACAGCCUUCCCCACCUGCGACCUCGCGCGCGCCGGCUUCUCCCCGGCGCUCCUCGCGCUCCCCCAUCUCCGCUCCCUUUUCUUCUACCGUUGCUUCGCCGGCGGCAACACCCGACUCCCGGAAUUCCUCGGUCGGCUCGGCCCUAUGCUUCGCUCUCUCGUCGUCCGAGACAACGAGCUCGCCGGCGGCAUCCCGGAGGAGCUCGGGAACCUCACUGGGCUACGCGUGCUCGACCUCCACGGCAACGGGCUGAGUAAUUCCGUUCCCACUUCGCUUUGCCGGCUGACGCGGCUCCGAUUACUCGACCUCAGUUAUAACCAACUCAACGGUCCGCUGCCGGAUUUCAGCUUCCCGGAUUUGACCGUCAUGGAUGUCAGCCACAACCACCUCCAGGGACGGAUCCCAAGCUCGAUUUCCCAGUGCAAUUCCUUGGUCAAAAUCGAUCUCAGCCGGAAUCUUCUCGCCGGCCCAAUUCCGCCAUCCCUCGGGGAGCUAACGGACCUAAUUCUACUGGAUUUGAGCCACAAUCGACUCUCCGGUCCAUUCCCCUGUUCUUUCCCUAACUCACUGACCACUCUGCUCCUCAACAGCAACCCCAUGUGCUCGGCCACGAUACCAGAGAAGGCAUUCAAGGGCAUGACGGAGCUAAACACUCUGGUGCUAUCCAACAUGGGCCUGCGAGGACCCUUACCCGAAUCGAUUGGAGAACUAGAAAAGCUUCGGAUUCUAUAUCUCGACGGCAAUAAGUUCAACGGCUCGUUGCCCAGAAACCUGAUGAAGCUGGAGAAGCUGAGCGAGCUGAGAGUGAACGACAACAUGCUCGCCGGACCGAUCCCCAUCGGGCGGGAACUUGUGUGGAAGAUGGGCCGGAAGCUGAUGGUUCACAACAACUCGGGGCUGUGCUAUGAUCUGAGCAAUGGGAGAUACGAGGGGAUGGAGUCGAUGUCGGGCGUCAAGUACUGCCAAGUGAAGUCGGCGGAGGGGGAAGAAGGGAGGCACGCGACGAAGCAUUAUGCAGCGGCGGCGGACCCGGCGAGGGUGAACCGCACUCCUGCCUCGGUUUCCGGUUCGAGCUCGUCGGACUCGGUCCCUGGAUUAGGAGGGACCCUGGGGCGGCUCGUCGCGGUCGCUGAGUUGCUGUUCUUGGUAACCGUCUUUUUAUAGCUUCAGCCUCUGUAUGUAAAUAUGACUUCUUCAACAGAACGCAAGGUAACAAUCAUUGAGUCUAGCUAACUGAUUCGGUUCUACCAAAAUUUCUUAUCAAUCAUCAAAAUAAAUCAAAAAAUAUUCA